AUGGUAGUUUCUAAUAUAAUUCUCGGAUUUAGUUUCGUCGCCGGCGUAAUCCUUCGAGAGCGGAUCCCAGCUUUCGAACGCAUGCUGUGGCGAGCCUGCAGAGGCAACGUGUUCCUCAGGCAGGCUGAGAUCGACACCCCGCUGGAAGACCCGACUUCCUCGGACCAAGUGUACAAGUCGGUGUUCAUAAUCUUCUUCCAAGGAGACCAGCUCAAGACGCGCGUCAAGAAGAUAUGCGAGGGCUUCCGUGCUACUCUCUAUCCCUGCCCCGAGGCGCCCGCCGACAGGAGGGAGAUGGCUAUGGGCGUGAUGACCAGAAUCGAGGACUUGAAUACGGUCUUAGGCCAGACCCAGGACCACAGGCACCGCGUCCUGGUGGCCGCCGCGAAGAACAUCAAGAACUGGUUCGUGAAGGUGCGCAAGAUCAAGGCCAUAUACCACACUCUGAACCUGUUCAACCUGGACGUGACGCAGAAGUGCCUAAUCGCUGAGUGCUGGGUACCUGCCUUGGACAUGGAGACUAUACAGCUGGCGCUUAGGAGGGGCACGGAGCGCAGUGGCAGCUCUGUGCCACCGAUUCUGAACCGUAUGGAGACUGCAGAGGACCCGCCCACGUAUAACCGCACCAACAAGUUCACCUUCGCCUUCCAGAACCUCAUCUACGCGUACGGAGUCGCUACUUACAGGGAGGUCAAUCCAGCUCCGUACACGAUUAUCACGUUCCCGUUCUUGUUCGCGGUGAUGUUCGGCGACCUGGGCCACGGCGCUCUCAUGGCCGCCUUUGGAUUCUGGAUGUGCUAUAAGGAGAAACCGCUGCAAGCCAAGAAAAUCGACAGCGAGAUUUGGAACAUAUUCUUCGGUGGACGCUACAUCAUCCUGCUGAUGGGCCUGUUCUCCAUGUACACGGGGAUCAUAUACAACGAUAUAUUCUCGAAGAGUCUCAACAUCUUCGGCUCGUCGUGGCGCAACAACUACGACAACUCCACGUUAGCGGAGAACAAACUGCUGCAGCUCAACCCGGACUCCAACGACUACCUGCAGAGUCCCUACCCCUUCGGGAUAGAUCCCGUUUGGCAGCUCGCUGAAUCAAACAAGAUCAUUUUCAUGAAUGCAUACAAGAUGAAGAUCUCAAUCAUUAUUGGUGUGUUCCACAUGUUGUUUGGUGUGUGCAUGUCGCUCUGGAACCACCUUUACUUCAAGCGCCGCAUCAGCAUCUACGUGGAGUUCAUCCCGCAGAUAGUGUUCCUCACGCUGCUGUUCUUCUACAUGGUGCUGCUGAUGUUCAUCAAAUGGACCACGUACGGCCCCACGCCCGGGAAGUUCGGCAGCGACGAUCCAGAGAUCGUCAAGACGUCUGCGUACUGCGCGCCGUCGAUCCUGAUCACGUUCAUCAACAUGAUGCUGUUCAAGACCGACGCGAACACUCGGCCGCAAUGUGAUCAAGUCAUGUUCGCCGGACAGUUGGGAUUCCAGAAGCUGUUCGUGAUCGUGGCGCUGCUGUGCGUGCCCAUCAUGUUGUUCGGCAAGCCGUACUACAUCAUGCGCGAGAGGAAACAACGCGCUCAGAGCCAGCCGUUGGCCAACACUGAAGCGGCUGCAGAGAAUGGAGCCGUCGCCGGAGCACCUCAACCUGCCCAUCAUGCAGACGAAGAGAUAUCUGAAGUCUUCAUACACCAGGCGAUCCACACGAUUGAGUACGUGCUGGGCAGCGUGUCGCACACGGCGUCGUACCUGCGCCUGUGGGCGCUGUCGCUGGCGCACGCGCAGCUGGCCGAGGUCGCCUGGAACAUGCUGCUGCGGAAAGGUCUGAUGUCGAAGGGUUUCCAAGGCGGCAUUUUCCUGUACGUAGUGUUCGCGGGCUGGGCUGCCAUCUCCGUCUCCAUCCUCGUACUGAUGGAGGGUCUUUCGGCCUUCCUUCACACACUUCGUUUGCACUGGGUGGAGUUCCAGAGCAAGUUCUAUGCUGGUGAAGGUUAUCUAUUCCAACCGUUUUCCUUUGAGGUGAUCCUCGACUCCGCCGGCCAGGCAGAGGAGUAA